AUCAUCAUCAUAGUUUAUUAUUGUUAUCAUUGUUGCUAUUAGUUACAAUAAAAUUGAAAAAAGAAUCAAGUUCAAAACUUUUCAAAUAUCAAACGCGUCUGUUGCCGGUUUAUAUUUUCAUUCGUUGUGUUUGUGUAUAUGUUCAUCAUCAUCAUAUCUUUGAACAACUUUUUAAUGCACGAAAUAUAAUAAACGAGAAACACACACACACACACACACACCAAACACAAACAUAGUCGAUGACGACAACGAUAACUGCAGAACGAACUACGGUGCCGCCAAUACAACCACGAUGAUGAUGAUGAGCAAUAAUAAGCUUCAUCAUAAAACAUUCACAUGAUUCAUGGUGAUUUUUUUCCAGAUUUAUUUUCUGUUCAAAUCAAAUCAAAAGAAACUUGACUAACCAAACCAAAUAUUCAAUCAUCAAUCAAUCGAAUAAGUCAAUAAUCGAAACAAAAAAUUGAGUUUCACAUCUGGUCAAAUUAAACUUUUGAAAAUUUAAUUUACCACCAUCAUUCAUUCAUUCAUUUUCUCAACAUUCUCGACAAUCGAGCUUAUUUUUUUCAACAAUUACCAUUUGGAAUUAUUUAUUUUUUUUCGUUUCUUCGAGCUAAAGUGAUUUUAUAGAAAACAAAAACAAUGACCGACGUAGCCUAUUACCGACAGAUUCUUAAAGAUCAAACCGAAUUAUUGGAUUCGAAUAUUGAAAAAUAUCUGAAAAUUUUAGAUGAAGAGCUUGAUCGAUUACCAGAAUCCGUGGUUGGACAAAUUCGUCUGGUAAUCGGACAAUCCCGUUUGUUUAUCAAUGAACGUUUUAAACAAUUUUCCGGUCUUGUUGAUGACUGUGAAUUGAAACGUGGCGAAAAAGAGAUUAAAGUUGAAGAUUUGGCCGGAUUUUGGGAUAUGAUUAAUUAUCAGAUUGAUGAUCUUAAAUCUAAAUAUGCUGAGCUUGAACAAUUACAAUCGAAUGAUUGGCAACCAAUUGAUGAAAAGAAACCGGUGGUUAAAAAAAUAACAAAAAAUCAAACACCAACGAUAAGAAAACCAUUACAGACAGUCAUUAAUAAUGGUGGUGCUAAUGAUGGUGGGAAUCGUACAACAACAACAACAACAAAUGGUUUUGCAAAUAAAUCAAAUAAAAUGAAUGGUCAUAAUAAUCAUCACCAUAAUGGUAAAGAUUCAAUUGAUGGUGGUAGUAGUAAUGCACAAGUAAUGAAAAAAGCUCCAAUAAAAUCAAAUUUUCGGGAAUUUUUAAAAGCCAAAAAACAAGAAAAGCUUAAUACAAAAACAAUGAAUUCAAAUGAUAACAAAUUGAAUAAUGAAAAUGGUCAUCAUGAAAAUAAUGCAACUACCUCUAAAAACCAUAAUGAUGAAGAUAUUCAAAUUAUGAUAUUAGUCAACCACAACAACAACAAUAAUAAUCAUCAUGAUCAUGAUGAUGAAGAUGAUGUUAAAAAGAAUGGUCAUGUUACUAAUAAUGUUAAAUCUGAUGAUGAUGAUAAUAAUGAUGAAUGUUCAACAACAACAACAACCGAAAAUAAUAUCGUGAUAAAUGGUGAUGAUAAUGGUAAUGAUAACACCAAAAGUGAUGAAUCGAAUGAAUCUUCUUCUUCGGAAUCAAAAGAGAAUCGAAAUUCAAUUCAAGUAUCGGUUAAUUGAUUCAAAAGUCUAUAAUCAUCAUUUUCAUUGUUCAUUUUGUCGUUAUUCUUGAAUUCUUUUCUCCGUUGUUAAUUGAUUCACAGCAUUCAUGGCAUGUGUCAUCAUUUUUAUUAUUAUUAUUAUUGUGUUCGUUGAUAAUAUCAUCUGUAUAACCAAAAAGAAAAAGAAAGAUUCAAGCUUUUUAUCAGAAACAUCUCUGAAAUGUCUUUAAUUUAUACAUACACACACACACACCAUUUAUUAAACUAUGUUGUUCUUUAAAAAAAAUCCAUAAUCAGUAUUUUUUCAAGACAUGUGUGUGGAAAGAAUUUUUUCUUAAUUUUUUUUUCUCAAAAAUUCACUUUGUCACACACACACACUAUACACGCCUUUAAAAAUAAACUUUUUUAUGUGAUUGUGCAUAAUAUGAUUACACAAUCAUUUUAAUUGCAAACAACAACAACCUGUAACAUAGUAAUUUGAUUUACAAAAUCAUCACCAAAUAUAAUUGUAAAGCAAUUAGGAUUGUGAUUAUGAUGAUAAAAUGGAAAUUUUCAAGCCAAAUAUUAGAUUUGGGAAAAUUUGGCCUAAUUCUUCCUCUAAUCAUCCUUUCUCAAGAACGGAUCAAAAUCCGGUCGACCGCUAUCAACAUUCAUCUAGACUGCUUGCAAUUUCAAUGGGCAAUGCCAUUGGCAGAGUGUCUGACGGCACAUGAAUUGCAUGGUCGGUUAUGCGAUUUUCAAAAUUGGAAAAAAUUUGGAAUUUUUCGUCAAUCAAAAUUUUUUGUUGAUUGAAAUUUUUGAAUUAAAGUCUGAUCAUCAAAGAAUAAAACGAGGUCAUAUACGAGGUCAAAACAUUAACCAAAUUUUUGUGACAGUCGUUCAAAAAUGUUAUACAAAAAAACGACACGACUUUUUCCCAAAUCUAAUAAAAUGAAAUAAAAUUUGUCAAUAUAUUUCUCUAUGUAAA